GUUGGAGGCACUCCGCCGCAAGUCAAAGGCAUAUAAGCAUGACCGGCUAUGGAACGUGUCCAUGGAUUCCUUGCCGAGUUUAUCGACCGCGUCCACUAGGCGGACAACGGCCUCGGAAGCGAGUCUCAGCGAGGUUCCAAAUAUAUCAGAUAUCUCGCUUCCGCUUUGUGCGGAAGAUCUGUGGAAUGGCGACUACUAUUCGGAGGGAGUUAAUACAACCUCUGGGGCAGUUCGGACCGAUUACACCAACGCGACUUUAGGUCAACACAAGAUCGACGGCAGUCUCCCAGCUUCUCAGGCGAGGGCACCACGACUGAAUCCGACAUUGGUCGCGUUUUCGAACACUAGCUUCGUUCGCGCGUUUUACGGCGGUUUUGGAAAUAUCGGGCGCGCGUUCGUCAUGAAUUCGGUCAAAAUCAUGCCCGAACGACCGCUCUUGCUAGCCGUGCGGCUGGCGAUGAACAUCUUGCUCGACGAUUUCAGGCGCGGAGAUGAAGAGCGCGCGAAGAGAAUGUCGAGGGUUUGGGUCGGCGCCCUAACGACCCUGAUUACAACAGGAAAGGACCCGACAUUAGUGCAGGCUAUACUCGACCAGUGCGGCGCCGACUUCGUGGACCUCGUUGACCGAGGUGAGGUUGAAGAGGCAAAGUAUUACUUCCGCGCCGGAAUCGAGGGACUCCUGGGCGUGGUAGAGGCGGAGAACAAGCUCAUGGCCAGCUUUGCAGUCAACACUUGUGCUAGAGUACUUGAACACGCGCUGACCACGCCCCAUGCCGCGCAAUUCGUCGAGGUCAUCGAUGAUAUCUCCCAAAGGGUCAGCGUCUCAAUAAGCUUCCGGGGGGCUAUGGAGGCUCAAAUAACUGCGAUCGUCGGUUUGAUGUUCGUGCAACUGGCGGUCAAGUUGCGGAUGGACAAUACCCUCGACUGCCUGAUGAAGGUCAUUUCAGUUGUCCAACAGCGGCUGUUUAUAGCCGCACACCCACAUGCCUGGCUUACCACCGUUGUCAGUUGGGAGGGACAUCCAUGGCUAGCUGAAAUGUUGGUAGUAGCGGCAACGUUGCUUCUAAAGUUUGAGAGGGGGGGCGUAAAAGUGUUCGAGGAGACGGUCAUCGCUUUUCUGGAGGGGAUUUUGAGGGUGGCCAUCUCAGCAAAUCGACUUGGCGAUGUACUCGCGCUAAUCAGCAAGUUUACCGACGGUCGGAGCGAUGGGACCUCUCCUAGCCCGACGUUACUAGAUAGGGAACAGGAAGGGACUGUUGUGGGAGAGGUUUUAUGUCCUCCAAGGGAUUAUUCUGGGGUUCAAGACUCGGAUCUUGGAAGGGCCCUGCGAAAGGCGCUUGUCGCACUAACCAAAAAAUAAGAUAGUCGGAUGAUUCCUCAGAUGAGCAAGUUGUGGGCAAACUUCCAAUGUUAACGAGGGACGGAACAAACGACGUCACGGUAGAAUGGUUGACAACGCCUGUUACCUCUUGGCCGCGACAUGCUGACGUAGACUUUUCCUCGUUGCACUGGGUUUCCAUAAGCCUGCGAUGAAGAUCUA